AUUCAUUUACACUCCAAGCUUCACACUGGAGCUCCCAAGGCCACCUGCAAAGCAGCUCUGCUCCUCCCCAAAAAGGGUCUUGUCAAUGAGGGACAGGAGACAAAACAAGUGACAGCUUAACCCUAGCUGAACCUAACCCACUUCACAGCUUGUCCUUUUGUUUUUCCGGGGACUUACAAAGGCAAAGGAAAAUAGCAAAGGAACCAGAGAAGAAGAAGCAGGCAACAAAAUGUACAUUAAUCAAGAAGCUCCCAGCAGUAAAGGAGCUCCCACAAGAGAUGUAAUCCUGGUCUCUGCCAUCCUCACCCUCAGUUUGAGCAUCACCAUCAUCAUGUGUGGAAUAUGCCAGUGGUGCCAACGCAAAUUGGGAAAGCGCUACAAAAACUCUUUGGAAACAGUGGGGACGCCGGAUUCUAGCCGCGGUAUCCGCAGUGAAAAGAAAACAUUAAAUGAUCUAGACAAAGACUUUUGGAAUAACAAUGACAGCACAGCCCACCAGAAAUGGAGCUCCUACCCUCCCAAGGAGUUUAUCCUAAACAUUUCACCUUACGCCCCCUAUGGUGACCCAAGACUGGCCCUCAAUGGAACUGUGUUGUCCGGUAGUAAGUCUGCUGCAUGCAGUACAUCAGGGUUGCUGGAUAAAGAUGGACGGCUGGGGGACAAGCAAUUUCGUGGUGAGAAUAUGAAGAUCAGUAUGUCUUCUCAAAGCCACCACAACGAGCAAGGCCUUGGUAAAGCGGGAAGAGGUCGAUGGCAUACCGUUCAAAGUCACCUAGCAUCCGGAAAUCUCAGUCGAAACAAUUUUGAGGACCCCACUCUGCCUGCAGCCACUACCCUCGACCAUAUUCCCACCUCUUUAGGAGAUCUAAAGUGUCAGCGCCCCCGCACUCUGCUUCGCCAGCAAAGCCUCCAGCAACCUCUCAGUCUACACCAGAAGCACAACCACUGUCAGCCCACCACCAGCCAGAGCCUUGGGCAGCUACAACUGCAGCAACCCCCGUCUGCCAGCAGCAGUACCAGCAAUCCGAGACCCCAGCGCUCAACCCAGAACCGACCUCCUACUUCAGCUGGCUCCAAGUACCGCACAGCAGGAGUCAGGAACCGAACCAGCCCAGGUAGCUGGGACUAUGUUGUCGGUCAAGUACGGAACAGGGGCCUGGACAUGAAAUCCUUCCUGGAAGGUCGAAUGGUUGUGCUGUCGUUGGUGUUGGGUCUCUCAGAGCAGGACGACUUUGCCAAUAUCCCUGACCUGCAAAGCAACGGGUCUCAACAGAAUCAGAACACUCAGGGCGACAAGAGGGUAUCUCCAUAUAUAACAGAGAGCAAUACUCUGCAGAUGUGCAUAAGUGAUGGACCUAACCAUGUGCAUGAAAUGAGCAGUGUCCAGCUUGAACGGCCCCAGGCAGUCAUAUUUGCUCAUGUCUUGAAUAAAAUGAUCCGCAAACACCACCGGGGGACCGGGACAGAGGUCAACAAGAUGAGGGAGAGAGGAAAACUGAAUCAGCGGUCUUCAGUUUCAGAUCUGGUGAACUCAUUGACAAGUGAGAUGCUAAUGCUAUCUCCUGGGUCAGAUGAGGAGGAUGGUCACGAAACCUCUGGGCGCGAGACUCUUGGGCGUAUUCAGUUCAGCGUGGGCUACAACUUUCAAGAAUCCACACUCACAGUGAAAAUCCUUAAAGCUCAAGAGUUACCGGCCAAGGACUUUAGUGGGACUAGUGACCCGUUUGUAAAGAUCUACCUGUUACCUGACAAGAAGAACAAGUUAGAGACCAAAGUGAAGAGGAAAAACCUCAACCCACACUGGAACGAAACUUUCCUCUUUGAGGGAUUUCCUUAUGAGAAAGUGGUGCAGAGGGUCUUGUACCUUCAGGUCCUAGAUUACGAUCGAUUUAGUCGCAAUGAUCCUAUUGGUGAGGUUUCCAUCCCUCUUAACAAGGUGGAUCUAACGCAGAUGCAAUCCUUCUGGAAGGAGCUGAAACCGUGCAGUGAUGGGAGCGGAAGCCGGGGUGAAUUGCUACUGUCCCUCUGCUACAACCCAUCAGGCAACUCUAUCAUCGUUAAUAUCAUAAAAGCAAGGAACCUAAAAGCCAUGGAUAUCGGAGGAACGUCAGAUCCGUAUGUGAAGGUUUGGCUAAUGUGCAAAGACAAGAGGGUGGAGAAGAAAAAGACAGUGGUCAUGAAACGAUGCUUGAAUCCUGUAUUUAAUGAAUCCUUCAUCUUUGACAUCCCAACUGAGAAGCUUCGGGACACAACCAUAAUUAUCACUGUCAUGGACAAGGAUAGACUGAGCCGUAAUGAUGUAAUAGGCAAGAUUUAUCUGUCUUGGAAGAGUGGUCCUGGGGAGGUGAAGCACUGGAAGGAUAUGAUUUCUCAUCCCAGGACAGCUGUGGCACAGUGGCACCAACUCAAGGCCUGAGCUGACAGCAUCUCUGCACUCUGUCACCUCCAGCAAUCCUCGGUUACAUUGAACCAAACCAACGCACUGGCCAUGCUCUUAUUGUCUGCACAAACACAGUCUGCAGGCUUCUCUAAGGAACCGCCAGCUUGGAAUUAUGGGUUUUUAGGAAAUCCUGUGUCCACUAUGUGCCACCUGCAGCUUUUAACCAAGAAUUGUGCUUCAAAACUUUUCUUCUACUUGUUCAAAUGGGCACAGCUGCGGUAUCCUCCUGGCCUCAUGAGGUGCUGUACCUCCCAACACAGUGUUACAGAGACGCUGCGAAGGGCAGGGCGGGGACUACCCCGUUGAAAGCCUCUCUCUCUAUCUCCGUUGCAGAGCCUGUGUAAUUUCCACAGCUUCUUCAGACACAUGGCAGCCACGGAAUAAUUUAAAAGAGUGUAAGGUGGUUGCCCAUGAACCUACUCACUUUUGUAGCGGU